GGCGGGCUUUGACGGGGGAAGCAGCGAGUUGGGUUGAUCGGCACAGGCGGACGCAAACAUGGCGAGCGAAGGGUGGCGGGCGCUGAGUCUGAGUCUGGUGGCUCUGUGCGCCGCGGCUUUGUGGUCGGCAGCUGGGGCCGCUCACUUGGCCAAGCGGGAGAAUGGCAUCGACACAUCGAGGUACUACCACUACGAGGAAAUGACCAAGCUGCUGAAGGACUUGGCCCAGGCUUACGGUGCUCACGCCAGGCUUUUCAGCAUUGGUCAGAGCAUCGAGAACCGUUCGCUGUGGGUCAUGGAGAUCUCGACGACGCCAGGGGUGGAAGUGCCGGGCAAGCCCAAGUUUAAGUACGUCGGCAACAUGCACGGCGAUGAGACGGUGUCCCGCCAGGUGUUACUGUACCUGAUUCAGUACCUGCUGCAGAGUUACGGUCACGAUGAGCGGGUCGACCGCCUGGUUAACACCACCGAUAUCUACAUCCUGCCCAGUCUCAACCCGGACGGCUUUGAGAGGUCGGUGGAAGGCUCUUGCGACGGUAAUGUACCGGGUAGGAGGAACGCCAUGAACAAAGACCUCAACCGGUGCUUCUUGGAUCAGUUCUCCCGGGUGGAAGUGAACAAGGCAGGCGUGCCUGAAGUGGUGGCCAUGGAGAAGUGGAUUAAAGAAAACAAAUUUGUGCUUUCUGGGAAUCUUCACGGUGGAAGUGUUGUUGCCAGUUAUCCUUACGAUGAUUCUAUAAAUCACAUAUCUUCGGGGUACUACAGUAAGUCUCCAGAUGAUGAGGUAUUUAAGUACCUGGCCAAGACUUAUGCCUCUAGGCAUCCAGUGAUGAAAACUGGCAGACCACACUGCAGCAAAGACUCUCCUAGCACUCCGGAGGAAAUCUUUCCUGAUGGAAUCACCAAUGGAGCCAUGUGGUAUGAUGUAGAAGGUGGCAUGCAGGACUACAAUUAUUUGUAUGGAGAAUGCUUUGAAAUCACACUGGAACUCUCCUGCUGUAAAUACCCAGUUGCCUCUGCACUAAAAGAAGAAUGGAACAACAACCGUGACUCACUUCUAAGUCUAAUGGAGCAGGUUCACAUUGGUAUUGCAGGAAUUGUCACAGAUGCUGUUUUUGGCUCAGGAAUUUCUGAUGCAGUCAUUGUGGUUGCUGGCAUUGAUCACAAUAUCACUACAGGGAAGUUUGGUGACUUCCACAGAUUGCUUGUACCCGGAUUCUACAAUAUAACAGUUGUUGCACGAGGUUACAUCCCCGUCACUGUCUUCGAUGUUGAGGUGCUAGAGGGUCCAGCCACACAGCUUAAUUUCACACUCCAGUCUUUAGUAACUGCAGCUAAUCAUACUAUCGAGGCUGUCACUCCAACCGUGGCAAGCUCUACUGAAUUCAAGACACAAAACAUAUCAGAAAUGGAAAAUGAACAGCAGUCGAACACUAUUGAGCCUGAGAACUUCAGACAUCAUAAUUAUAUAGAUAUGGAGAUCCUAUUGAGAAAAUAUGCAACUGAAUAUCCCACAAUCACGAGACUCUAUGCCAUUGGGAAAUCAGUGAAGCAAAGGAAUUUGUACGUCAUGGAAAUCUCGGACAAUGCAGGCGUCCAUGAAAUGGGUGAACCUGAAUUCAAAUACAUUGGAAACAUGCAUGGGAAUGAAGUAGUAGGUCGUGAACUUCUCUUGAAUCUAAUUGAAUACCUCUGUAAUAAUUAUGGAUUGGAUCCUGAAGUGACUGAUUUGGUGAAUAAAACCAGAAUCCACAUCAUGCCUUCCAUGAAUCCUGACGGAUAUGAAGUUUCAGUAGAAGGGGACGCGAGUGGUGUGGUUGGUAGAAACAACAGUAACAACUUUGAUCUGAAUCGCAACUUUCCGGAUCAAUUCUUUCAAAUCACUGACCCGCAACAGCCUGAGACAUUAGCUUUGAUGGAUUGGUUGAGCAGGAUUCCUUUUGUAUUGUCUGCUAAUUUACAUGGAGGUUCCCUAGUGGUGAAUUACCCUUAUGAUGAUGAUCCAGAUGGCAAAGAAAGAUACAGUCAGUCACCAGAUGAUGCUGUCUUUCGCCAGUUGGCACUUUCUUUUGCCAAGGAGAAUGGUGCAAUGUAUGAAGGUCAUCCUUGUGCAAGUACAUUUCCUGAUGAAUAUUUUGCUGGAGGAAUCACAAAUGGUGCAAAUUGGUAUAAUGUACCAGGUGGUAUGCAGGACUGGAAUUAUCUUCAUACAAAUUGCUUUGAAGUUACUAUUGAAUUGGGCUGUUUUAAAUUCCCCUUCGCUGAAGAUCUCCCGAAAUAUUGGAAGCAAAAUAAGAGGUCUCUUCUACAGUUUAUAAAACAAGUGCAUCGAGGUGUGAAGGGAUUUGUAAUUGAUGCCACUAAUGGAAAAGGAAUUUUCAAUGCUACAAUCAUUGUUGCUGAAGUGAACCAUCCGGUGAGGUCUGCUAAAGAUGGAGAUUACUGGCGUCUGCUUGUUCCCGGUCGCUACAAAAUUACUGUGUCAGCUCGAGGGUAUGUCCCAAUGACUAAGAAUGUGACAGUUGUGGGAGAAGCAGUCGAAGUCAAUUUCACCCUUUCACGUGUUGCUGAUGGCCAUGACAGCAGCCUUGACAAAGUGCUGAUCAAGUCCUCAGCAAACCCAGGGCAGGAAUUUGAAAAACUUAUAAAGAGUUUGUCCUCAGAAAAUGGAUUGCAUGACCUGAUUUUGUCUGCAUCUGUUGACCUUAAUCUCUACCGUUACCAUGACUAUAAAGACUUGUCUGAAGCUCUUUGUGGGCUACAUAGCAACUAUCCAGCAAUUACGAAAUUGACCAGUUUGGGCCAGAGUGUAGAGGUUCGCCAUAUUUGGGCCCUGGAAAUAUCAGAUAAACCUGGAAUAAAGGAACAUGCAGAACCGAAAAUUAAGUUUAUUGCUGGAGUUCAUGGCAAUGCACCUGUUGGGACAGAGCUGCUUCUGGCUUUUGCAGAGUUCCUUUGUAUUCUUUUUGGGAAAAACCAAGCUGUUACACAGUUGAUUAAGGAAACAAAGAUUGUGAUUGUACCAUCAGUGAAUCCUGAUGGAAGAGAAAUUGCACAAGAGGGACAGUGUACGUCCAGAGUUGGGCAAACUAACGUACAUGGCAAAGAUCUCGACAGUGAUUUUACAGGGAACUCAUCAGAGCAAUUAGCAAAAAUGCAGCCUGAGACCAGGGAUAUUAUCAAGAACCUGAUCCUCAACCAAGGGUUUACACUGUCCGUUGUUUUAGAUGGUGGCUCUCUCCUUGCCACAUAUCCUUAUGAUAAACCUGUACAAACAGUGGAGAAUGAGGAAACCCUAAAAUAUCUAGCAAAUGUAUACUCUAACAAUCACCCAAAGAUGCAUCUGGGCCAUCCAGGAUGUCCUAACAACACAGAUGAAAACAUCCCUGGUGGUGUUAUACGUGGAGCCCAGUGGCAUGGUCACAUGCACAGUAUGAAGGAUUUCAGCGUUACCUAUGGUCACUGUCCUGAGAUCACAGUAUACACAGGCUGCUGUAAAUUCCCACCAGCAAAAGAGCUUGCUGCAAUAUGGCAUGAUAACAAGAAGUCUCUUCUCGGUAUGCUUGUUGAGGUUCAUAAAGGUUUGCGUGGAAGGGUUACGGAUCGUGAUGGAAAUCCCAUUCCAAACACUGAUAUUAUUCUGAAUGAAGGUGUUAAAGUUCCAACUUCAGAGGCAGGCUAUUUCCACAUUCUGCUAGCUCCAGGAUCGCAUGAUAUUGAUGCACUUGCGGAUGGAUACCAACAUCAACGCAAACAGGUAUUUGUAUCAUCGUAUGAAGCUGCCACCAAUUUGGUAAUAGCUGUUGAGCUGGAUAAUAAAUUGUUUGGCCUGCCGAGAGAACUGGUGGUAACAACAGCAGGUGCAGCUCUGUCAGCAAUAAUUGUGACUGCCUGUAUUGUUUGGUGUGUUUGCGCUUUCAAAUCAAAUCACCAAAAGGAUGGCUUUCAUCGUUUGAGGCAGCAUCGAGAUGAAUAUGAGGAUGAGAUCCGAAUGAUGUCAAUGGGUUCAAAGAAAUCUCUUCUCAGCAACGAGUUCCAGGAUGAAACUGAUAGUGAUGAAGACACACUGUAUGUUAAUAAACAUUAAUGUAUCAAGCCAGCCCUGCUGGUGUGAUAGUAAUAUUCAUCUAUUUGCCAAGUAAAACCAACUAAUGCGUCAUUACCUUAAAAGAGGAUAUGCCUGAUCUACUGCACAUGGCACUGGGUGGAAAUCUUGAAGUGAUUUCUCUGACAUUCUUAGUUGUCCUUUUGGAAAAAGUAGAUGCUACAAGAUGAUGCAAGUUGUUUCCAUUCAUCUUCAGAAUUGCACAUACCUUGAUAUGACUGCUAGCUUAUUUAAAAUGGUUGAAGGUCAGCCACACAAAGAAUGUUGUUGCACCAUAUCUACCAUCUGAGCCUCUGCCUACCAUAACAAUUUUAAACUGACAGCCAAUAGUUAAAGGUGCGAUAGAUUUUUUUUCCUUUUACAUUUAAAAUACAAACGCAUUAGUGCACAAUCUACUUUAUAAACCUCCAACCAUUCACAAUGACGUCUGGGGACUCCACUAUAUUUUAUACAAAUAAAUUUUUGAAAAUAAAAGGGUGGGGACAAAGUGAAAUUUUGCACUUUGCUGUAAAAUUUAUACAGGUUAUACAGUACAUGCUACUUUUAAGCGCUGAACAUAUUUUAAUCUAAAGUGCACUGCAGCUUAAUGCUGUGCAUAAAUGUUUUCAACAGUGUAAAGGAGGCAACAUGCCUGUAAUUGUUUGCCUUUUUCAAUUAACAUUAAUAGAAUUUAAGAUUUGGACAUUUGUAUUUUUGCUCCACUCUAAUUGUAUAUGGUUCAUUUGUAAUUCACUCCCAUCAAACUAACAUUGCUGAUAGUAAUGUAACUCAUAACUGAAUAUAAGAAGAUAUGUCAACAAUCAGUGGUCAGAAGUGCUUGCUAUAUUCUUUACAUUUGUUUUUAGACUGUGUUAUUACCCAGAGAAAGCACUUGAAAGCCAAACUUCUCCUCCUCUUUCCUUUCUUCUAUGAUACAUCCUCCUCUCUUAUCAACUCUUUUCUCUCUCGCCCUUUACCAUUCCUACUACCUGGCUUCACCUAUUACCUUCUAGCUGUCCUCCUUCCCCUCCCACUUCCUUUCCAGUCUGAAGAAUGGUCUCAUCUCAAAAUAUCGACUGUUUAUUCAUUUCCACAGAUUCUGCCUGAUCUGAGUUCCUCCAGCAUUUUGUGCAUGUUAACUCUUAAGUUGCAUGUGUUACAUAAAUCAAAUGAAUCAUUUCUAGAAAUAGUGUCUUUAACAUUGCUGUUGGAUUGAUUUCUUGAUGCACACUGGAUUAUUUUACAAUCGGAGCACCCUCAUUUUCAAUUAUAACCUUUAAUAGACAAAAUGGGCACUUAAUUUUUGAAGGUGGCCUUUUAAUAUGAAAAUACAAUUAUGACGUACUGUUUGAGAUGGGGAAAUUGCUUAAGCUCAAUCAUGAUGAAAGUGGUAACUGGCGAGCAAACUGAGAACUUGUGGUCCUGUUGUAUGCUGUUUGAAGCAUAUUUUUUUCAUAACUUUUAUAAUCUGAAAUCUGGGUGUAAAUUUUUAAAGUAUAAUGUAGAGGUUAUUGAAUUUUGGUGAAGGAAUAUAGAAUAAUGAACUCUGUACAGAUGUGUGAGUGUACGUCUGUGUGAAUGUUUUCAGUGUGUGUCACUGAAUGUAUGCCUGAUUUGCCUCAAUACAGUUUAUGAUCACCGAAAAUACAGCAUUGCCAAAAACACCAGAUUCAUAGUUGUAUAUCAGUGGGAAAUGUUUUGCUGUACCUGAUGUUUUCCAGCUCUGUUUUGGAAGAAGACUUCAAAAUGUUGUCAUUGUCAUUAAUUUGUACCGAUUUUGCACAGGACUUUAGUCAAUAUUGUGAAUUUGGUUAUACACUGUGAUGCCUUAAAAUUUUCAUAUUGCAUUCACUUUGUGGUAAUGUCACUGGAUAUCAGUGAAAGGGUUUGGCAUCAGAAAAUAAAUGCUUUAUUGAGCAUAAUUUAUGGCUUUUAUGGUUGUAUGUAUAGCUAAAUGGGCUGAACGGCGUAAUUCUGCUCAUAUGGUUAUGUUCUUAACAAUGGUGGUAUUUAGAUAAGUUUUCAUGAUGGGUAUGUCAAAAACAACAAGAUGGAAACAUUGUAUUUAAGUAAGAAGCAAGCCUGGUUUAGAAUAGUUUUUUUUAAUUUCCUUCCUUUUUUAUUUUGUAUUCUCUAAUCAUUCUUAUAGUGUUGAUCAUCAGUUGGGAAGUCUAUCUCCAAAACUGAAAUAAC